CUUAUUUAAAUUUAAUCUGGUCGCUUAUUUGGAAUUAUUUUGAUCAGAUAAUUUGCGUAUGUUGGACACUUGUUUUAUUCACUGGCUUGUUUUUGCGAUACCUGGCAACUGUGUCCAGUCAACUGAUUCAGCAAACACGUGGACGGGCGUCGCAACACACUGAAAACACGUCUGGAGUAGAGUAAAAAGUAUAAAUAUAUAAUCGAUAUCUCUAUUUUGUUACUCAAAAUUGUGUGUCCGUGGUGACUGUGAACGAGAAAUUCCGGCCGGGAUUCUUUCAUUUAAAGUUACGUUGAUAACACAACGAUGAGCAAAAAGACCAAGAAAUUCAACGUCAACGUUUGCAAAAGAUGUUUGCUCUGCGGUCAGCAGUACGGACAAAAGGUUGUAGAUUUCCAUAUGCAUUCUUAUUUCCACCAUGAAGCAAUUGAGAAGAUCAAGGGCAGUGAACAGCUGCAUAAGUGUUGGGCAUGUGAUGCACCUAUGAUGGGACUAGAGCAGUACAAGGAGCAUAUUGCCACCCGUAAGCACAAAAAAAGUCUGUUUAAACUCCAAGGUGAAAGAAAUAGAAGAAGACCUCUUCAAGUGGACUACAAUGUUAACCUGACUGAUAAUGAAUUAAAAGCCCUUGAUGAUCUAAGACAGCAAGAAAAGGAAAAAAGAACAGAUCUGGAAAAAUGUUCUAUCUGCCUUCAUCGUUUUCCUGAACAGGAGUGGGACAAACAUAUGCAUUGUUACAUCCACCAUCAGGCAAUUGAGGAAAUGAAAGGCAGUGAACACGAGCAUAAGUGUUGGGCCUGCGAAAUAUCUGUGAUGGGAAUUUCAGCAUUUAAGCAGCAUAUUAUCGCCAAAAGUCACAAACAGAAGCUACUGGAAUUCAUUAAGAAUAGAGAACUUGGGGAAAAUACAGUGGACUACAGUGUUGAAUUUAAUGAUCUUAAAGACCUUUGUGCCCAAAGAGAUCAACAAAAAAUUAUGAAAAGAAAAGAGAAAAUUGAGAAGUGGAAAGAAGCAAAAAGGCACAAGACAUGGAGGUUCAUUCACCCAGAAAUCACAGCUGAGAACGAGCAUUGUACAAUACCUUUCAUGGAGAAUGAGGAGUUCACAACUGACCAGUUGCCACCAUCAUGCCAAUUCUUCUCCCUUUGGGAAAAUCCAAAUGACCAUCCAGCAUUUAUCCAGCAUAACCUAAACCUGCAUACACAGAGAGAAGAGAGCAUACUUAAUACAGACAGAUCAAAUUGUCCACUUGUGGAAAGUCCUUGUCUUGAGAGACCAUCAGAAAGUAUUCCUCAAGAAAUGUCUGCUCAUGGCACUCGUCCCAACCCUGAUGGAAAAGGUACAGAUGUUUGUGUGAACGACGUGACUCCAGAAACUGAUGAUGGUACUGCUGCUGAGCCUACAUGUGCCCCUAGACCCAUCCAAAUGAGGAUGGGGGCCAACAUACCCAACUUGAUAGCAACAGGUGGAGUUUGUUUAACACGGAAGGCAGCAACUGCUGUUCCUAAUCCUCCUCAUUCCAAAAAGUCUAUGUUGGACGUAAACAGAGCAACAUCACAGAGUGAGCAGAGCAUGACCAGAGAAGGCAUGACUGGACAAGAGCCAUAUGUAGAUUCUCUUCCGCCUGUGUCUUUAAUGGCUGAGAUGUUCGAAAGCCAGGCUUCAGAAAAUGAGUUGGAGAUCGUUGAAAACUUUUGGCCUCAUACUGCGCAUGUUCAGAAAAACAAAUCAAAUGAGUGUGAGACAGAACAGGGAGAAACAUCACUGGAGCAUCACAGCAGCUUUAAAGCCAUCUCCUGCAACGUCCAGAAAACCAAGGCAAAAAAACAAGUAUAAGAGUUUUAGAGUGAAGUUGUAUAUAAUAGAAGUAUCUGGAAUUCACAGAAAUGUGUCUUAGUGUUUUAUUCAUUUAUUUUUACAGGAUGUUUCACAUAAUCAAAAUCCUAAGACAAACAACAAAAUAUCCAAAAAACGGAAAGUGAAUAAGUUGAUAUCGCUGUCUUUGAAAGAAGAGGAGUUGAGCAGCUCUUUGGAGAAUGUAGGUGAGCAGCUGUUCCAGGCGUAUUCCACCCUGCAGAGCGCAUACACAGAAGUUCAGCAUCUACUCUCUGUUAAACAAGAGGUUACCUCAGAGAUGGCCUCGCUCAGGACAAAGCGCAUAAAGAUUCUGCAGGAUAUGAAGAAUCCCGAUGACCAGCAGGAGGUGUUAAAUGCCUCCUGACAGCCGUGCAAACCUCUGAGGAAGGAUUCCUCUUCAGCAAACCACUGAGCCUUACAGAGCAGCUGAACCACAGGACCCACUCCCAGAAGUAUUUGAUGCUGGACCUACCUCUUAUUACACAAAACCGACCUCUGUGAGCAUAGGCUGCAUUGUAAAGCCCAUAACUGCACCAUUAUAACAGACUUUUGUUGUAGUUUUAUAGUAGGUUUAUGGCAGUUCAUUAAGAUUAAUUCGAAGAAAAAAAAAAUUCUGCUCCGAUUCUGGCAUGAUAAUGUUACUUCUAUCUUGACACGUUUAAAAAAAUGUUUGCUCACCUACAGCAUUGAAAAGGGUAUUUUUUAGUUAUUAUGUCAAGCUACAAAGGCAUGAUAGAUGUUACAGAGUCCAGCAAAGCUUUCAUCUAGCUGAAGAAUCAUGUCUGUUAAAAGACUUUCAAAAAAAAAGCUUCAGUUGAAUAUGUUCAUUCUUUGCCUAGUACAGUAAGUGUAAUAAUAUGGAAUUAUCAGUUCAGUUAAUAUUGCUUACAGGACAUCAUACUAACAUUCAUUCAUUCAUUCAUUCAUUCAUUCAUUCAUACUUGCUCUAGAGGUUUAUAGCUGUUUUAUUCACAGAAAUCUAAAUAAUAUUUUAAAAUGUUCAAAAUAAUUGGUGGUUUAACUUGUUUUUAUUACUUGUUUUUGCUACUCCAGAACAAGAAGCUUGGUUUAUACUCAAGGUUAAUCAUAUGUUUAUUGCUUGCAGUCAUGACACACAUUUAUUGUACUAUUUUGUGCUGUUUGUUUAUGCUCUGCAAAUCAUGGCUAUGGUAACAACUGGAAUAGAACAGUUUGAAGUUGAA